UUGAAACAUUUGUGAUUACUUUGGGUCACUGAGCGUAGUCACUUUCAUAAUUUUAGAAAGUAGGUGAAAUAUUAUGUAGAUGAAUUUACUACGCUUGACAACUUUUACUGUGAGAAUACGUGAGAACGUUAAAUAAGAUCAAUAGCAAUAUUUGGCUGGUCAAACUAUCCUAAUUUGAAGCCUUUUGUGAGGUCAGGGAAUAUGCCCUGAGUCGAUUCUGAAAUGGUAGCCGUAACAUUGCAAGUGCUAUUGAAAAUAUUGGGAGCGAACUAUUGCUUUAACUUCAACGUUGAUGAAAGACAACUUUCCUGAGAGGCCCUUGUGACGUCAUGGCUUCACUCGAGGGUUGCUGCUAAUCGAAAUAAAUAUGGCUGACCGUCGGCGAGUACGGCUGGAAUGCUCGGAUGGAUCCGUUUUCACGUACAGAAAAUCGUUCGUUUAACUGGGGUUACCUUCGCUAAGAUAAAAGCUGAGAAAGGCGCAAUAUCAGGGCUUUAAAAUUCUUAGCAUGGAUUUGAGUGAGUAAUCAUUUUGAGGAUGAAUGAAACGGGCUCGCGAUCUAGUGCCGGAAUGACUUCACCACGACAUGCAUCGCACCAAGCCGUAAUGGAUAGACUGCGGCAGCGUUUCAGCCAGUACAGAAAGCGGCACUAUGACUGCCAGAAACAAUAUGCAGAGUCUCUGCCAGCUGUUCAGGACAUGGAAAGACAAGAAGCACUGAAUUUGCACAAACGUGCUUUAGAUAGCCGCAAUAGGAUGAUGAACAUGAACGGGAAGACAUCAAAACAAAAUGACGGCGAAGGCAAAGUAGAACAGCAACAAACAGCAAACGGAUUUGAAAAAUCGACUAAUGCCAUCUAUCAAAUACGCGAGCAGCAAAUCCUAUUGAAGAAGAGAAAACACGAGCAAAAUAUGAACAGUACACCGAAUACGUACGUGGAAUCGAAUGAUGAUAACCUUGGUGGGGAAUACAUGAGCAAGCACCAGAGACAAGAUGGUAUUUUGCAUGCUCCGUCGACAGAGGGCCAAAGCCCUGUCGUUUCGGUUAAUCAGCCACACCAGAUAACACAUGCUCCAACUCAAGUGCAUCAAAACAAGUUCAAUCCUAUUUCAAUUCAAGAAUCUGUCGGCACAGAAGCUUACCCCCGUGGAUGCCACAGAUUACCGCUUGAUUUCAAGCGAGAGAAGGUUGCGAUCAAUUCUUGCGACGAAUCCACGCAUUCUGAAAAUGGUCCGGGAACUGUUGUUAACGGCGAAGACUACAUACGACAGGAGCUCAUACAUUUUGAAAACGUAAUUAAACGCUUUAAUGAAGACAGCGCACCUGCUACAUCACCGUCAGUGCACCCAAGUGUAGGUGACAGAGCUUCACUGCCUGGUAUUGAUGAAAAAAAGAAUCGCCCACAAUCUCUUCAACUGAAAGAAAUUGCUAGGAAGUCACAAUUUCCUCAGGGUCAGCCUGUGGUGUCAUUUGGGGAUAGCCAAGAACGACCAAAACCCCAGUUGCAACAACACUCAAGUCAGUAUCCUGUUGGCCCAACAGGUCAACAGUCUCCCGGUUUAAGGCAUCCCUACACAGCAGGUAAAUAUCCUGAAGGUUUGUCAGUCAUUUCAAACAAUCGGCAACAAUUAUCUAGGCAGUAUCAAAUGGCUCUAUCGUCGCAGCCCCCAGUACAACAACAGCAACCACAACCAUUUUAUGGUUUUCAACAGGACGGCUUACCAAAACUCACCCACAUGCCUUCACAAGUCCAACAGCUGUACUCUCGUAAAUUUCAAAGUCAACCAGUUAUUUCAUCUUCAUCACAGGUGGCUGGAUUAAGAGGACCAGUCUCUUCACAUGAUGUUGGAAGAUACACCAUGCCACGAUCACAAACACAAUUUCAGCGUCAAAAGUCAAUGCCACCAUUACAAAACCAACCCUACUCAAACUCUGACUCUCAGUACCAACCACAAAUUGGUAGUUACCAGGGAGACCUCUCUGGAUUUUCAGAUCAAACCAACACUUACCAUUAUCAGCGGCGAAACUCUUUUCCAAUUUAUCAUCGCACAAAUAGUCAACCACAAGAAAAUUUCUCCCACGGAAUGCAACAUACUUUGGGAUCUAGCCAAGCAAGUCUUCUGCGAGGUGUUUUACAAACCCCUUCCCAAAAUGUUGUAGAUGAUAGAGAAUCUUACUUGAUGAAUUCCAACAUGGGUUUUUCAUCAUCAUCUUCUGUGCAAACAGUACCAUUGUUAACAAGAAGGCCACCUUCUUCUAAUGGUGACCUAAACUCUGCAGCUCCCAGGUCACAACAUUCAUCAAUGAUGUAUAGAGGAGGCAUUCAUCAACAACAGCAGUCUGAUUCAGUAUUACAACAGGGAAGUGAAUUCCAGACUUCUUCUGUGCCCCUCAGAGAAAUGACUGAGCGAUAUUCAUCUGUGAGGGAAGGUGAUGCACAGUAUGCUGGGAUUUCACCUCUCAGUUCACUUGAUAAAGCACCAUCAUUCACAUCUCUACUUGAACAGUCAGCUAUUAAUCAAGGGAAUCUAGAAACAACUUACACUGGAUCAAUACCUAACCUAGACUUGCUUGGUGAACUCUUAGGUUAGUGGUACUUAGAUUAGUAGAAACUUACUAGGUCAUAUUGGUUCAUUUGCUUUUUAUUUGAUGAAGUUAAGUUUUAUUGACCCAAAAUUUCAACAGAGUAAAUGAUUUUGACUUCUGACACAUAUUAGUGUUUUUUAGGGAAAUUAAAUUUCCUUUUAAGAAUUUUUUAAUAGACAAUUUGUUCGCUUAUUUUGUUAUUUUGUUUCCAGGUUGUUUAAGAUUCUCAUUUUUAGUACGUAAUCAUUCAAUUCAACGAAUUGAGCAACAAUCACCAAAUGUUUUUCUAUAAGUUGCCAGCCAAGUUGAUGGAAAAAAAAUAGAAAUUGGUAAUUGUUUGAACCCAUCUCAUUAAAAGGACUUUUUUGUGGUGGUUUAGGUUUCUUUUCAUGCUGUAUGGCAGAGACUUUUCACCAAAUUUGGUCCUUGAGAUUUCAAGGUUGUACAACGCACAAUUUUGUUUUAUGAAUGGCAGCUAGAAUUAUAGAUGAAAACUUGGAGUAAUGCUUGCAAAUAAAUAGUCAUGGUUGCCAUAGAAUAGGGAAAAGUUAGAUAAUUAAACUUUGACUCAGCGAAACUGACAUCUUUUUAAAAAAUAGAGAGAAAAGUAAAAUUUCAAGUAAAUAUGAAGUUGGUCUCGGCCUUGAGAGAAGAUGGUGACACUUUCUUUUUUGUGAUGUCAUGUACAUUGUUCACUACAGUUCACAGAUUCCUCAACAAUAUGUCAUUUCCCUUUGUAAUAUUCAAGUUGCUAUCAUUUGAAAUUCUUUGGUACAUUUCACAGACAUGAAAGGGGCAAAAUUGGUAGAAUAUUUUUUGAUAAAAUUCAACAGCAGGCUGAUGUUGAGUUUCCUAGAAAAUCAAUUAUUUUUCUUUGUCACCUUAAGGAGCUAUCUUUUCAUGUACACUGUAUGUGAUUUGCUAAAAGCAUAAAUUUAUGGGUUGAGAGGAUGGCUUUGAGGGAAGGUUGCAAGCCAUUGCUGGGACUGGUUUGUGAAAUUGUUGAUUCAGUUGGUCAGGUAAAUUUGCAUUUACCAGGGAAAACUCAGGGAAUUUCAAAACCUUUGACUGUGGCAACCAUGACAAAGACCAAUAUUUUUAAGGUGGUGCAGACUCUGCCAUAUUUUUCUGAUGAAUUUCAAAAGUCUUGAGGAAAGUGUAUUUAUACCAACCACAUGCACCAAAGACACAACACAACUGUAAGCAAGUACCACUAAUUUAUACAUUUUCAGCUUUGAUUUUAUUAUCCUCUAAGCUUUUACCACAAUAUCUACCUACCUCCAUACAAUUUUGUGCUUUCCAUGUAAUUCUAGACAUGGUCCUAAAUAAUAAUUGCAUGCACAUUUUUACUUUUCCAAAAUAUUAUACAGUCUACAGGUAUCUACACUACAAUUUCCAGUGGCUGUUUAAAUUGUUUCCUAUUUCCUUGAUGGAAAGUGUCUCAGUGUUAGAAUAGAAAGUAAGCCAUUGCUCAAAAUUAACCUUAAUGUAAUAAGCUAAAUGAUAAGCUUUGUUGCUGUUUUGUUUUGUUUGUUUUUUUAUUUUAAACGAAUACUUGUAGAUGGAGAAAGUACUUCAAAGGGUCUUGUUUGUAAUUUCAUCAAUAUGUGCAGAUUUCAGUGAAAGGGACACGCCUUAAGGCCUCUAACACUGAAACUCAGUAUUUGAGUUAUUGUGUAUACAUAGUUUGGGUAUUUGUAAAGGGUUGGGGCUGUGGAAAUUCAUUUUAGUUAUGUUUGUCUUUAGAGAGUUGGUGUAUCAAUGUAACAAAACCUUUUAGGGAUAUCCCAGAAUUGUACAAAUGUCUUUGACAUAAAAUUAAUGCAUUGAGUCUAUUUAGGGCUGGAGACUAGUGAUUAACCAUCUAGCUACAGGCUUUAAGAAAUUUAGUUUUUUACUGUAGUAAGAAACUUAGUUUUGUUUCUCUUUCCUGUCUUCCCUGGAUGCAAUUCUGCCAAUUCUGGUUACCAUUGUACCAUGCAUGGUACAAUGGUAACCUGGUACCAUGCAGGUUACCAUUGUAACUCCUUAGACUAGAUUAAGAGGGAUAAUAUGAGAGUGAAAAAACCCAAUGUGAUGACAGGCCAGAACUUGAAUCUGAACCUGUCAACUUAAAGGCUAGCGUAUUAACUAUGGGCUGUGCUAACAUGUCCAUUUCAUAAGAGCAUUGCAAUUCCAACACAGUUAAUUACAAAUGGUAACUUUUUCAGGCCUUUUCUGUAAUAAAAGGGCAGUGAAUUGAAAUCUUUCACCAUAAGUGGUUGAUUGCUUAGGUAGUCAAAGACUUUUCCUUUUGGUGUUGAGUGAAUUAUUUUAAUGUGAUUUCUGUUUGCCAAUUUAAUUACCCAAACAAGAAAGUGCAAGUGGUACUUUUGAUUGAGGAACUUUGUUGUAGACUCUCUUUUUUUUUCCAUAAGCAAAAUGCCUGAGAUGCUUUAAAGAAACGAUAUGUAAAUUAAACUGAGAAUUUGUUUUGAACAAAACUCAGUGAUGUGAUUUUUUUCAUUAUUUGAAAGAUGUCUGUAUCUAGUAUGUACAUUCUAGAUCUGUGGCAUUACUGGAAUGCAAAUGUUCUGGGAAGUUAAACUAUUUGCAUUUGUGCAACAGGUUCUUAGACUAUUAAGGGUUUUAUGGACCAGGUUCUCAUUUUUAUAGUUAACUUGAUUUUAGUAGUACUAUACUAUUAUUUCCUUAGUGACGAAAGGCAACUUUGUGUAAUUAUAGCUGUGUAUGAUAUCUACAUUUGUAUAUAUGAAAAAAAACAAAACAAAACAAAACAAAAACGAAGUCAACAGGAAAUGAAGUGAUCUUUGCCAGCAUUAUCUAAUUUAAGACACAAACUUCUGAGUUGUGCAGCUGAGAGAGUUCAGAGAAUGUAUCAUACUUGUAGUUCCAAAUUUAAAUGCAUUUGGUUUCUUACACUCUGUGUGCCACAAUACAUUACUUAGCUUCAACUUCCAAAGAGUUUAAGGCAUGGUUCAGAGAUCCUACACUGAAAAUCAUUACAGACUGGUAACAAAUAAGUCUACUGGCUAGUAAUUCAUAUCAAUUGUUAUAAAGGUCACGUCAACCAAGUUACUUUUGUUAUCAUUGAAUAAUAACCACUUUAAUAAAAGUAACCUCAACCUGGUGUGAUAACCACUCAUCAGAGAGGUUUAUUGGACCUCACAGCUUUUUACAUUAUGACUUCAUGGCCUCAUUGCAAGGUAAGAGUUCAGAUGUGAACUUCACAUCUGUUGCACAGUGUAAAGAGAUUAAAUCACUGUAACUACAUUACUAUUUUAUUAUUUAGCAGUAAUCUGUUGAUUCCCCUGCUCUCAUUGGCUAUAAGUUGUCUUUUUUAUUUAUUUAACUAAGCAGCUCAAAUGAAAAUCUAUCAAAUCACAUGAAGCUAAACGUAGAAGAUUGUAACAAUAUUAUAACUUUCUAGUUUCACUCCCUUGGCCUGUAAUAUGUACAUAUUUUUACAUUAUAUCAUACAACUCCACAUAUUUUCAUGCCUUAAAAGAUGUACCCCCUAUCUUGUUAUAAUUUGUUGACAAUUAUUACCUUUUUAGAUUUUAGAUUUUAGAUUUUUUUAACAAUUUAAAAUUUUGUAAAUAGUGAUUUUUUAACCUGAAGAAGGCCAAAAUAGCUUAAAUAUUAUCAUUAAAGGCUGGAAACAUUAA